AUGAAGAAGGCAAGACAACCGAACUACAUACUUUUGAAACGAUACCGCAUUGUGCUGCGUCUUCUUGAGACUACCUCUGGUUUUCUGGAACCUGAUCUCCAAUAUGUUGCGUUGAGUUACUGUUGGGGCCCUGAAGGGGGAACCUUAACAACGACAUUGAACAACAUUGAGGCCCAUAAGAAGCGAAUCCCUUUUGAUCACCUUCCUAGUACUAUUAAAGACGAUGUCUUUGUUUGUCGAAAUUUAAGCAUCAACUAUCUAUGGGUUGAUGCUCUUUGCAUUAUCCAGGAUCCCGGCAAUGCAGAUUGGGUGGAACAAUCUGGGCGGAUGAAUUUGAUAUAUUCCAAUGCUGCCUUAACAAUUGCUGCCGACGACAGCCCAACAUGCACAGCUGGGUUCUGGCUUUCAGAAAACACCAAGUUUCAGAGGGUCAGUGAGGACUAUUGGAUUAGAGAAACUCCGCCUUCUAGCAGGGAUAUUCUUUCCACGAGAGGGUGGACCCUGCAGGAAAGAAUUCUUUCACACCGAAUUCUACAUUUCUCGAACGCCCGCAUUAGUUGGGAAUGUGACGCCAGCUGUCGGUCUGAGGAUGGUAUAACAAAGAUCGACUUCAUAGGACUAAGCUACCGCGCUUUCCGCCUCUUAAACCGCUGUGCACCGCAUGAAAGUAUCGGGAAGUCUUUACUUGGAGAUGGAUUUGAAGAUAGCAGGGAGGGUGACUACGACCCAGUGCAUAUAACCGACUUCCUCACGUCAGGCUCCUGGAAAUCAAUCUUCUUCGCAUGGGCCUGUAUUAUAGAGAACUACUCUACAAGAGACCUGACGCAACUAGGCGACAAACUAUCUGCAAUAUCGGGGCUGGCAAGCUUUGUGUUGACCCAAGCAGGUCUCGGGGCUGAGUCAUAUCUAGCAGGUCUUUGGAGGGAAGAUUUGGUCGAAGGUCUACUUUGGUACGUUUCUACCGCUCGACCCUCCCGAUCAGCGGCCCCUUAUGUAGCGCCCACAUGGUCAUGGGCUUCAAUGACGGGAAGCAUUCAUUACUUUCGCGACCGAUACCAGUUCCCCUUCAUGCCACACGUCAGUAUUAGCGGUGCCAACUGUACCAUAUCCCCAGCCGAUCCUACUGGGAGAGUAACCGGAGGGACCAUUCAUCUUGCUGGCUUAAUGGUUGAGGUCGAACUUGCUGUCAUUGCUUGCUCCCCCUCACUCAAGUCGAGCUACAAAGACACAGGAGACAUUCCGAUUCGCGCUCAAGACCAGCAGGUAGCAUUUGUCCGACCCUAUCAGAAAGCUGGAGACGACAAGACACGCUGGUAUGAAGUGAUGCAUGAUGAGGAAUCUAAGAUCAACAGGACAGGGGACCUUUUCUAUGGCCGUGAAGCUGAGAUCUCUGUUAAUAAAUCACUCGAUGAUAGAAGCGACCGUGGCACAUACUUUUGCCUCAGUGUUGGUGAGCUCAUUGACUCUUUCACGGGGGGGCAAAGAGAUUGGUUCUUGAUCUUACAAAAGGCCAUUGGCAACGAUGUUUACAAGAGGGUUGGCAUCGGGUAUUUUCAAUAUUCAACUAGCACAGAGUUCUCAUUGUUUUUAAACGGUGAUGUGUAUGAUAUCGCACUUAUAUAG